UAGUUACUUUCCGGAAUGCUAAUAUUUUUUAUUUUUAUUUUUUUGCGUCUUGAUUUUCUUGUUUUUCUACAGGUGGUGGGUGUUUUGAAUUUGGGAGGUGCAGUAGGCUGCAUGCUAAGUGAAGGUCCAUGGCUAUUUGUUGGUUUAACAAAUCUCGUCAAGGCAUGGAACAUUGAAACAUCUUUGGACCUCAGUUUAAAUGGACCUGUUGGACAAGUCUAUUCCCUCGUCGUGGGCAAUGAUUUGCUCUUUGCUGGUGUCCAGGAAGGGACGAUACUGGCAUGGAAAUUCAAUGUUGCCACCAACAGCUUUGAGCCUGCUGCAUCACUCAAGGGCCACACGCUUGCUGUUGUGACAUUAGUCGUUGGAGCUAAUCGAGUGUACUCUGGUUCUAUGGAUCAUUCUAUAAAAGUAUGGGACCUUGAGACUUUGCGUUGUCUACAAACUUUGACAGAGCAUAUAGAUGUUGUAAUGUCUCUUUUGUGUUGGGAUCAGUUCCUUUUGUCAGCUUCAUUGGACAAAACUGUGAAGUGUAGGUUUGGGCUGCAACUGAGAAUGGGAACUUGGAAGUUACAUUUACCCACAAUGAAGAACAUGGGUUACUCACUCUCUUCGGGAUGCAUGAUUCAGAGGCCAAACCUGUGUUGUUGUGCUCGUGCAAUGAUAACUCCAUUCGAGCCUAUGAUUUGCCAACAUUUUCUGAGAGAGGGAAGAUCUUUUCCAAACAAGAGGUUCGCUCCAUACAAGUUGGUCCCGGUGGUUUGUUUUUCACUGGUGACGGAUCUGGUCAAGUAACAGUAUGGAAGUGGUCAGCUGAAACAACCCCAGCCUAGUGAGAUUAACCGUGUUUCUUUAACUAUAUUGUAUCGUUCUAUUCUUUGUUAAUGUACAAGAUUAACAUAUUGAAGAUGGGAGAAUGCCAGUUUGAGUAUAUUUUUCCUUUAUUUUUCUUGUCCCCAAAUCUUGUAAUGCCACUUCAACUGUAAGUACUGGAUAUUAUUAUACGCUUUGCAAAUUAGUUUCUAAAC